AUGUUUAUAAACUACGCAAACUAUUUGCUAAUGGGGUUGUGCUCAAAGGAUCUAAUUUACUGCAUACUAAGUCAAUCUAGAAUUCCCACAAUCAUUUAUUUGAUUGUUCUGACUGUUAUGAUAAUUUAACAAAUACUGAAGAUCAAAUUUCGAAUAUCUCACUCUGAACUCAUCCUUUCGUUUAUUUAUAAUAUAAUCUACAUUACUUUAUUUGGAACUUCAUCUAUUUGGUAAGCUUAUUACGUAAUGAACAUAUUCCAAAAAACUAAUUACUAUUUUCUUGCUUCUUUUCCCAUAAUAAUUUACCAAUUGGUACUAGAAGUCAUAGAAUUUGAUCUGAUAGUACCAAAGACAUUUGGCUUUUAGAUUUCAUCUGCUUCGAUGAUCAUAGUAUAUUAAUUCUAUUGUUUUGUUAAAGAAAAUGAUAUUGCCUCGGUUGCGGAAUAGGUCAUUAUAAAAUAAUUGUUGAAAAAUAGCUACAUCAAAGUCUUCAAUAGAAAUUUAGAAGAUUUAACGCCUGAUGUGUUGUUGAGAAAUGUUAAACCCCCAUCCGGAUAAAUCAUUUUUACCACUAGAAAUAAGUCAGAAAACUUUGAAUUAAUCCCAAAUUCAUUAAAUAAAGAACUAAAGAUUAAAAGUUUUCUUAAUAGCGACAUGCAAUUGGAGGAAUCUGGAGACUCAGUUAUUGACAGUCCUAAUAAAUAUUAAAGUUAUAAGGAUUUGAAAGAAUUUAUUAAUAAUUUUAUUUAGAAUUAAUAGCCUUAAACUGAGGAAAAUUUAAUCAUUGCUUCUGAAAUUGAGAUGGAUUCUGGUAAAAAGUAAAAGUUCAAGGUGAUUAUUAAUACAGAGAUUGACAAAUACUACAUUUUAGCAUUUAUUAAGAUUGAUUCUGCCAUAGUGAGGAAACAGCACAAUUCAAUAGCAAAGUUCAAAACCAGAUUGGCAAAUAAUUUUACUCAUAAAUUAAAAACAUCCCUCAAUGCAACAUUAGCAUAUUUGUCGAAUGCCAUAAAUGACCGAAAUUUAGAAAAAACGGUAUUGCAAUCUUACAUCCAUCCCUCCUACAUACAUUCAAAAAUAUAAUUAUACCAAGUUUAGGAUUUGCUUGAUUAUCUCAAUACAGAGUAAGAUUAAAUCGGAUUACAAAUAACAAAAUUUAAUCUUCAACAAUCUUUAGGCCAAAUAUAUGAAUUCAUUGAGUACUAAUGCAAAGUGAAAAAUAUUGCCAUUAGGUUUCUGAUAAAUGGGUCUGAUUGGAAAUCACAUGAAAGCUAAUUCUACCUUUAUUCUGACUGCCAAAAAUUUGAAAGGGUUUUAUUUAAUUUAAUCAACAAUUCAUAUAGAUAUGCUCCUUUGAAUGGGGAAUUAACAAUAGAUUUAGUAUAUGAUUCUACAGGUAAUAAAUUACAUGUCAAAAUAAAUGACAAUGGAGAUGGGAUACCGGAAGAUUAACUAAAUAUAAUAAAUACUCAAGCCUAAUUAUAAAAUAAGUAUAAUAUCACUAAUAAAUAUGUAACUUCUAAGAAUAAAUCGAAAUUUGGGUUGACCCUACAGAUCACAAAUAGAUUGAUUUAUAUGCUUAGUGACUAGAAUUGUUCCUUGUAAGUCAAAAAUUAAAAAGAAAUAGGAGGCUGUAGUUUCGAGUUCUUUAUUAUCAUUAAUUCUACAUCUAAGGAAGGAUCAUUGGAGUAAAUUAAAUACUCAAAUUAUAUCAGAUAAUCUAAACAAUCCUCAAUCAAAUUACAAAAUCAUAUUAAUCGAUCUUCUAACUCUUCUUCUUAACGAUCAAUCUUUUCAAAAAACUAGUAUGAUGAAUGCAUCGAACCUAUUGAAGAAGAACCUAAACCUGUCAAACCAAGAUUAUCCAAAACUUAUUAAUGUCAUGAUAACAAAUAAUUAAUAACCCCAGUAAAAAGACCUACGUUAUCUGGAAUAAGAGAUCUAUAAUUGUCAAAUAUUAUCGAUCAAGUUAAUCAGACUGGAAUGAAUCAUAAUCAUAAUCAUAAUCAAGAUAACCGUUUCAUCUUAAUAGUGGAUGAUGAACCAUUUAAUCAUAACACUCUAAAUUUGAUGCUUUAAAAAUUAGGUCAUAAGCAAUUCCUAUAUUCUUUCAAUGGAUAGGAAUGUAUUGAUAAGGUUUAGUAAAAUUCUUCAUUAAUCAAAACUAUAUUUAUGGAUUUAGACAUGCCAAUUAUGGGAGGAUUGCAACAGGCUACUUCAAUACUGAUUCGAAUGAUGACCGAAGGAAAAAUAGACUAUAUUCCAAUUAUUGGUUGCACCGCUCAUGACGAUUUCGAGACACAAAUCAAAUGUUUGAAUGUUGGUAUGGCACAUGUGGUCACUAAACCUGUUUUUAUAAAGAGCUUACAAGAAGCUUAUCGAUAAAUUAGAGAAGAGCAUUAAUAGUAGGAUCAUCGUAGUCUUCAAUUGUCGAAUUCAUUAGAGAAAUAUUGA